ACUGCGCCGCGUCUUCGGGGUUCAACCGGAGCCGGCAAUUGGGCGGAACCAUCAGGGGUUCAUUGUCUCGUCCGCUUCAGAGGAUCUGUUUGAGUCCUGUCCAUCGGACCCUACCGGGGUACCUUCGAAUAAAAGCGGGCUAUGCUGCUGUUGCGUGUUGGUACCCUCUCCUGACGCCUCCUCCGCCCGGGUCAUGUUGACCUUCGUGGGUCGGGGCUGGGGGUGCGCACGCGCGCUCGCGCCGCGGGCCACAGGGGCCUCCCUUCUGGUGGUCCCGGGGUCCCGGCCCGCGUUAACCUUCGGGGCUGCCCGGGAGUCCUGGGCUACCGACAGGCUCUACAGCGCCGCUGACCUCAAGGAAAAACUUGACAUGUCUAGAUUUCCUGUUGAAAAUAUUAGAAAUUUCAGUAUCAUUGCACAUGUGGAUCAUGGCAAAAGUACUUUAGCUGACAGGCUCCUAGAACUUACAGCCCAGAGAAAUAUCAGUGUUUCUGUUUAUAGGGACAAUUGAUAAAACAAAGAAUAAUAAGCAAGUUCUCGAUAAAUUGCAAGUGGAACGAGAAAGAGGAAUCACUGUUAAAGCACAGACAGCAUCUCUUUUUCACAAUUAUGAAGGAAAGCAGUACCUUUUAAAUCUCAUUGAUACACCAGGCCAUGUUGAUUUUAGUUACGAAGUAUCCAGGUCACUUGCUGCUUGCCAGGGAGUUUUACUCGUGGUUGAUGCAAAUGAGGGUAUUCAAGCCCAAACUGUAGCAAACUUCUUUCUUGCCUUUGAAGCACAGCUAUCGGUAAUUCCAGUUAUAAAUAAGAUAGAUCUGAAGAAUGCUGAUCCUGAAAGGGUUGAAAACCAAAUUGAGAAAGUGUUUGAUAUUCCAAGUGAUGAAUGUAUUAAGAUUUCUGCUAAACUUGGAACAAAUGUUGAGAGUGUUCUUCAGGCAGUUAUUGAAAGAAUCCCCCCUCCUAAAGUGCAUCGCAAAAAUCCCCUGAGAGCUUUGGUAUUUGACUCCACCUUUGACCACUAUAGAGGCGUGGUAGCCAAUGUAGCAUUAUUUGAUGGAGUGGUUUCCAAAGGAGAUAAAAUUGUAUCUGCACAUACUCAAAAGACAUACGAAGUUAAUGAAGUAGGAGUUUUGAAUCCUAAUGAGCAGCCAACUCAUAAAUUAUAUGCAGGACAGGUGGGCUAUCUGAUUGCUGGGAUGAAAGAUGUCACUGAAGCACAAAUAGGAGAUACAUUACAUUUACAUAAGCAACCAGUGGAGCCCUUGCCUGGGUUUAAAUCAGCGAAACCAAUGGUAUUUGCAGGAAUAUAUCCUGUAGACCAAUCUGAAUAUAACAAUCUGAAGAGUGCCAUAGAGAAACUGACUUUAAAUGAUUCCAGUGUGACAAUUCAUCGGGAUAGUAGCCUUGCUCUGGGUGCUGGCUGGAGGCUAGGAUUUCUUGGACUUUUGCACAUGGAAGUAUUCAACCAGCGACUAGAGCAAGAAUAUAAUGCUUCUGUUAUUUUGACAACCCCUACUGUUCCAUAUAAAGCUGUACUUUCAUCAUCAAAACUGAUAAAGGAAUAUAGAGAAAAAGAAAUUACAAUUAUCAAUCCUGCACAAUUCCCUGAUAAAUCAAAAGUAACAGAAUAUUUGGAGCCAGUUGUUUUGGGUACUAUUAUCACACCAGAUGAAUAUACUGGAAAAAUAAUGAUGCUAUGCCAGGCUCGAAGAGCAGUUCAGAAGAAUAUGAUGUUUAUUGAUCAAAAUAGAGUUAUGCUUAAGUAUCUCUUUCCUUUGAAUGAAAUUGUGGUAGAUUUUUAUGACUCUUUGAAAUCCCUAUCUUCUGGAUAUGCCAGUUUUGAUUAUGAAGAUGCAGGCUACCAGACUGCAGAACUUGUGAAAAUGGAUAUUCUACUGAAUGGAAAUACCGUAGAGGAGCUAGUAACUGUUGUACACAAAGACAAAGCACACUCGAUUGGCAAAGCCAUGUGCGAACGGCUCAAGGAUUGUCUUCCUAGGCAACUGUUUGAGAUAGCAAUUCAAGCUUCUAUUGGAAGUAAAAUCAUUGCAAGAGAAACUGUGAAAGCCUAUAGGAAAAAUGUUUUGGCAAAAUGUUAUGGUGGUGAUAUUACCCGAAAAAUGAAACUUUUGAAGAGACAAGCAGAAGGGAAAAAAAAGCUGAGGAAAAUUGGCAACAUUGAAGUUCCAAAAGAUACUUUUAUAAAAGUUCUGAAAACACAAUCUUCUAAAUAAUUGAUGGGGAAACAAAGAAUUUUAAUAAAUUAAAAACUAUCUUUUUCUCAUUGCAAUUUGUAAUAUGCUGACAACAGAAUGAAAAUUAUACAAUUUGCUUGUUACAUUCAGGGUUUUCAGGCUUAAAUAACCUACUAGCCUUUUGUUGAAAGGGAGUAAUGAGUGGGUAGGUAAGAGCUUAGAUUUUGAAGCAAUGUUGUCUGUUCUCUAAUACCUGUUCCAACCAUUCACUAGUAAGGUGACCUUGGCCAAAUUAACAUGUUUCCUCUUUGGUAAAAUUGAGAUUAUAUUACUACCUACAUAGGUUGUUGUUGUUGUGAAGAUUAAAUGAGGUAAUACAUUAAAUACUCAGAAGUACAUGACGUAGUAAGCACUCAAUCAUAACUAAAGUGCUUAAUGUCAUCAAAAGGUUCUCAGAAGCCGACUUUAAGCAAAAUGACAUGUAGAAGAAAGUCCUUGAAUAAUGUCAUUUCCUUCUAAGUGGUUUAUAACAUUGAUGAGAAAAAAAGCCUUGGUUUCUUAAUGUAUCAUUUCAUUUAAAGUCACAAUUUCCGUGAAUCUCAGUAAGUGAGGACUUGCUAUAUUUUGUUUUCAUGGAGUUUUCCCUUACUGACACUAAAAGGCCCCAUACUUAAGAUUCCAUCUACUUUAAGUUAAAGGAUUUUAAAAAUCACCUUAAAUGUCACAUUUGUUAGCAGGAUUAAUUUAUCUGAUAUAUGAAUCAUUUAUUAAACAGUAAACUUAAAUAACAUACUAUCUAAACAUCUGCUCCAGUUCGUGAUAAAAUGUUUAUAGAUUUUAUCAGGUUGUUAGUUUGAAACUAAUGGUUUACAUACAUCUAAGUUAAGGACGGGAGCUUUCUUUCAGACAUUCAGAACACAUUUGUGUAAAAUGACCAGAUGUUUGGUAUUACCAGGAGCUCUUAAUGAGUUUAAUAAUUGUUUGAAUUUCAUAAUUAAAGAGACUUAACUUUAAAGUAACUUGAGAUUUCAUAGCCAGUAAAUAUCUCUUCAAAGCUCUCAGCUCCCAUGUUUAUUCAGCCAAUGAACAAACCAGACUGCAGACUAUAUUACAGCAAGAUAACAUUAGUUAGCCAUUGAUCUUUAUCUUUUACCUUGAAUGAAUUGAAUGAAGAAAAUGUAUUUUAGGGAUAAAUACUAUCAAGGUGGAAUUUUAUACUAAGGUUAUGUGAAAGAAAAAUAAAUCUUAAAAAUCACUAAGCCAAAGGGAAGUCAAGGUGGGAACUUACUGAGGCAAACCUGCCUCCCAUUUUAUUCCUAAAUAAGACAGCCCACAUAGAUAAAAUUUGCCCACAAGGAAAUUCCUUGUGGACAGGGGACAGACAGAACUCAAAGUCAUCCUUCUGUUCAUGUGAAACAAAUGCAUGAAUGAUUGCUUCCUCGGCCCCAUGUUUCAGUAAACCAGAUUAAAAUAUAACUGACUAUAUCUCUACCUUCCUCUCACAUGUAAAUUGUAUAUUCAGAGAAAGGCUAAUCAGAAAGUCAAAAGAAUGCAACCCUUUGCUCUUACCUGUCUAUGGUUAAAGCUCCCUCCCUUCUUCGAGCUGUCCCACCUUUUAGGACUAGUGUACACCUUACACACACUGAUUGAUGUCUCAUGUCUCACUAAAAUGUAUAAAACCAAGCUGUGCCGCAACCAACUUGGGCACAUGUGGUGAGGACCUCCUGAGGCUGUGUCAUAGGCACAUCCUUAACCCUGGGAAAAUAAACUUUCUAAACUGA